AUGAACUCUCUGAAUCUUCUUUCAGGGCGAGCAGCGACUCCUAAAGCUCCUAGGUCACUGCGCAGAAGUUCAUACGGAAAUAUAUUUUCACCUGCAACCGUCGCUGAGUCAAAUGAAGAUCCGAGGGAGACGCUACUCAAUGAAAAGUCGGCGGACCUCAAUCUAGAUAUCAGCAUAUAUAACAUCGAUGGGUCCGUUAUAACCCCCCUAGCUUUACGCACGCAAAGCAACCCUGUCAAUGGAGAACCUCGGUGGCUAGCAGUAUUUAAACGAACUUCAUUCGCGCUCGCAGAAUAUAUUAAAUGGAUUCUGACCGCAAUACCAACUCCAUGUACUUAUAUAAAAAAUAUUCUAUGUGACGAAAAUGGUCAAUUCGCCCCUCUUUCUCAAAUUGGCAAGCUUUGCACAGCUCUUUAUAGAACUCCAAGGCAAACAUCUACUACUCAAGUACUCGGACUAUCUACUUAUGAGGUAGACAGAUCUUUACCACAUGGUCAAAACUUUCAGAAAACCAUACCAAGAAAAGAAGAGAUUACUUCUGCAGCUCCGAAAGCUCCAUGCACCUACUCUACGGAGGUACCUGAGUCCGAUUUAGAUCGAAAAGGUCAACUUAUACCCCCUUCACAUUACAAGAAGCUCAAUUCAAUAAAUUACAGCGAUAAUAUUUCUCCUGCAAAAUACUUGAAUCAUAACAGACAUCAAGACCAAACUAAUUUACGCUCAAGAAAACUUGGACCAACGGGCUCUACUUCGCAAGAAACCCAUUACUCGGGCUCAAUAGAAGCUAGCGACAUCCCCAAUGUAUUGCAAAAAGCCUCUACAUCACCAAAUUUAUUACCCGUGACUAGAUUCUCCUAUUCUCCACCACCCCCGCGGCCCCUAUUACCCCGAAGCCUACCAUCGUACUCUCAAUCAAACGGAAGGUUAGCACAAAAAACCUUAGUAUUGGACCUAGAUGAAACUCUUAUUCACAGUAUGGCUAAAGGUGGAAGGAUGAGUACCGGGCAUAUGGUAGAAGUAAAGCUCAGUACAAUUAUCGGGGCUCGAUGUGGUACAACACCAGGACCCCAGCAUCCAAUUUUGUACUGGGUAAAUAAGAGACCACAUUGCGAUGAAUUUCUGCGACUAGUGUACAAGUGGUAUAAUCUUGUGAUUUUUACAGCAUCGGUACAAGAAUACGCCGACCCUGUGAUAGACUUAUUGGAACAAGAACGUAAGGUCUUUUCGAAUAGAUAUUAUCGUCAGCACUGCAUACUCAAACAUGGAGCCUUUGUCAAGGAUCUAAGCCUUGUCGAACCAGAUCUCAGCAAGGUCAUGAUAUUAGAUAAUAGCCCACUGAGCUAUAUGUUUCACCAAGAUAAUGCCAUCCCUAUAGAAGGCUGGAUAAAUGAUCCUACUGAUAAUAAUCUUAUGCACUUAUUACCUCUCCUUGAAAGUUUACAACAUGUGAAAGAUGUGCGGGCUUUUCUUGCCCUUCGUGGUGGUGAGCGUGGAAGGAAUACAUAG